AUGUGUUUUAUCAGCAGCACGAGAGCCUUGGCACUAUUGCUGCUUGCUUUCCUCUUGGCGGCACCAAUAUCUUCCGAUGUCGUGUUGGACAAGAAAACAAUGGAUUUGACACUGACGUCCGCCAAGCUAUCAGCCUUGGUGUAUGAUGCAAACCCAUCCAGUUCUGGCUAUGAUUUACUAAAGCGUUUUACUGUCGAACCGGAUCAAGCAUUUGUGGCCAAGAAGGACGGAUACUGUUAUGGGGUUUUCCGUGGAACGACAAUGUCGUGGGAUGAUUGGCGUCAAAAUUUCAGGAUGGGGUCGGAGGUGAUAUGUGGUAGUGACAACAUGGCCGUGCCCAAUACCCCAAAGCAACCGGUUUGUUGCGCGGCACGGGCUGGAUUUUACGAUGCGUACCACACCAGUUACUUUCAGGACUUUGAGAAGGCUAUACGACGAUGUGCACAGGACUGUUUAAACCCUGAUGAGUGUGUUGUUCUCACCGGGCAUUCGCAGGGUGGAUCAAUCGCUGCAGUUGCAGCUGUGACUCUGGCAGACAUCAAUCCCUACGUGAUCACGUUCGGUCAACCACCGACCUUGGCCCCUGGUUGCCCCUACAUUUCCAACGAACGUUGGUACCGUUGGGUAAACACACGAGAUUCUGACACGUUGGGGAUAACCUAUGAUCCAAUUCCCUUCAGUCCUAGUUUUGGCACGGGGUGCUGGGGGCAUUUUUUGGUUCUGGGCAAUGAUCCCAGCGGGGUUGCUUAUUUAGGACUCGACAAUCAACAAUCAUUGGCACCGAUGGACCCUCUGGGCGUUGCUCAUAGCAAGUCCGAAUACGUCGAUCGCAUUGCAGGGCUCAUUGACUAUCAUAUGAAUGUAUCUUUGGACAAUCUGGCUGAACUAGCUAGGCGAGCAAGGAAUGCUACUAUCGAGAAAGAGAAUGCUUCCAACAGCAGCAAUACAACACACGGAAAGAGGGCCCUGUCAAAGACUCCUAUCUCCGAACCUAUUCCUGCGGACGGAUACGCAACGGGCUCCUUGUGUUCGAUAAAUGAAGAAUGCUUGAGUGGUCUGUGCGAACAGGAAACAGGACUUCAUUGGAAGCGGUGUCAUGGCAUCGAAUGCAAAGUAGAUUCAGACUGUGAGACUUUGCGAUGUGAUCAUGGAGUGUGUGUCAACAAGCUGGGCAGCUGUCAACCCUGCGACGAAGACAGUGACUGCAAGUACGGCGAUUGUUUUGGUUUUCGGUGCACAGGGCCUGGCAACUUGAUGGACACAAACUGUAGGUGUUUGCUCAGCGAACAUUGCCGUUCUGGUCGGUGCGACGGCGUCAGCCCCAGAAUAUGUGAAGCGGCUCUCCCUUUGGAUGCUCGGUGCAAUGAGGAUUCCGACUGUCAUUCUGGUUAUUGUAGCUGGAGUCUGCGAUGCGCGGACCCAUCCUUGAAACAAACUGAAAUCAGUGUCGAAAAUGGAGUUAUAAACUGGCGCGUCCCUGUAGCGAUUGCAGCUGCUAUUAUUGCUGCUUGUUGCAUUGGAAAGUUUGCCAUCAGGUGGUGGUGUGAAAGCCGACACGAUUACGAAGAGAUUCCAGCUGCCGAUGUCGAAGAAGAUGACAAGCAGUCAUAG